GGCUAGAGGUCAAAAAUAGGAGCACAUCAUAACAAGAACAUACCUACAGCUGUCUCCGAGACUCUUAACAAACGAGUAUGUUUACGAUACUUUUUACGGCGUCGUUAUUUUAUGGAUUCAUUCUGUAUGGAGUUUCGAGUCAAGAGGGCCAUCAAUAUUGCGUAGUGGGUGCUGGUCCGGGAGGCCUUCAGAUUGGCUAUUUUCUUGAAAGAGCUCAAAGGGAUUAUGUCAUCUUUGAAGCAAACAGCGUAGCAGGGUCAUUUUUCCUCAAGUAUCCGUGUCACAGAAAACUAAUAUCGAUAAACAAACGAUUCACAGGGCGACUGAAUAAAGAAUUCAAUCUCCGCCAUGACUGGAAUUCCUUGUUAAGUGAUGACGAUUCUCUCUUGUUGAAGCAUUAUUCGGACAAGUUUUAUCCUGAUGCUGACGACUUGAGCUACACUGACAUUUCAAUGGAUCCAAAGCAGUUUGAAGGACAGACAGUUCUGAUCAUUGGCAGAGGUAAUUCUGGUUUUGAGACCGCUGCAGGUAUUCUGGGCUCUACCAAUCAUAUCCAUAUGUUCUCAAGAUCUCGACUUCGUCUAUCCUGGGAAACACAUUACGUCGGUGACUUAAGGGCAGUCAACAAUGAAGUGCUAGACACUUAUCAGCUUAAAUCUUUGGAUGGGCUGCUUGAGGUUCCUGUUGAAAUCAUGGCCAUCAGAAAGAAAAACAACAAGUUGUACAUUGAUACUACGAUUGGAAAAGGAGCUGACAAUUUUGCUAUCAGAGAGCCUUAUGAUCGCGUUAUAAGAUGUAUGGGUUUCAAGUUUGAUGACUCGAUAUUUGACAAUAGCACCCUGCCACGUCCUUCCAGAGGUCGAUAUCUUCGGAAACUUCCCUCAAUGACGGCGGCGUAUGAAUCGAAUUCUAUUCCAGGGAUAUAUUAUGCUGGGACUAAUACACAUUAUGUUGACUUCCGAAAAUCCGCUGGAGGAUUCAUUCACGGAUUUCGCUACACUGCCCGAGCUUUACACCGGAUCUUGGAAUGGAAGAACCAUAGAGUAACAUGGCCACACGUUAAAGUACCGAUAACUGAUCUCUUGGGAGUGAUCAUGAAACGAAUCAACGAAGCCUCUGGAAUUUAUCAAAUGUUCGGUAUUCUUGGAGAGGUUAUCAUCUUUCGGUCCAACGACAGUGUAGAAUAUUACGAAGAAGUUCCUUUAAAGCUGCUUCACAAAUUUGAAGAAUACACUGGUAGGUCUGUUGGACCCAUGAUUGUUAUUAACAUGGAAUAUGGAAGAAAUUACUCAGGACCUGGGAAAGAUGUAUUUAACGCAAACCGUGCCAGAGCUGCUGGAGACCCGUCAGUCGCGCAUCAUUCCAACUUCUUGCAUCCUGUUCUUUAUUUCUACAAACAGCCACCCAAAGACAUGAAUGAAGAUAGUCAACGGAUUACUGAACUACCUCGACCAGACCGCUUACAUGUCAUGGUGGAAGAUUUCUUGACGUUGUGGGACGCUCCUGUUGCACAUUUUUUGCUUCUACGUCGUUUUAUGGAAGAGAUUGUACAAGAGGAUCUGAGAUAUUUUUAUGCGAAGUCGUGUUUCGAGAUGUUCAUGACGUACACUUCUGUACCAAAGACAUGUCAGCAACAGUACUUGAAUGGGCAAAUGCUGCCAGGCUCCCCCGAGAUCCUUCAGAAGUCAAGAUCACUAGGACUCAUGCUCUGACACCUUGACAUCUCACUUCCAUGGAAACCAAAAGUAACAAGUAUUUUGAAAACGAACGUAUUUCGUAAAACGUGAUUCAUUUGAUUUUAGCUUCAUUUUCUAAUUCACUUCUCAAUAUCUUACGCUGAAUCGUCAACGCGAAAAAGUAGGUUUUGUUGGACGUCACUGAAUCAAGGCGUUUCCAUGACAUUCAUAGUCACGUGCCCUUGAAAACAAUGUCAUGGAAACACUUUGAUUGACGUCCCAGAAAUCUGAAUCCUUAAUUUCUCACGGAGAAAAUUUGUACGAUUUGGCGGUCCGUGUUUGAAUAAGGACGCACUGUAAAUUGAGGCAAAUUUUUAUGAUUUUUGUCAUACAUUAUUUUUUAGUGAUUAUUUUUAAACACUCCUAAUUGCAAGAACUUUGUCAUAUACAAUUAUUUUGAUUUUAAAUUCCCCUAGAUAGAUGAAAAUAACUGUUUUAUUAUAUACCAUCAAGGUAGUUUCAAAAAUGGCUUUCUAUGACUUUAAAAACCUAAAUAUAAUUAUACCUAAUUGCAAGAGGCGUUGUCAUACGAAAAUAGAACAUUUGUACUUUAGCGGGAAAGGAAUAAACUAAAAGACAAAAGGAUGAGUUCAGCUUCAGUGAUCUUCUUUUGUCUUAAUUCUUAAUUCCUUUCCCACUAAAGUACAAAUGCUCUAUUUUCGUAUGACAACGUAUACACCAGAUUUGCUUAAAAAAAUAAUUCGUAAAUGUUAUAGCGUCUUUUUUUAUUUAUAUAUGACAACGUUCCUGCAAUUAGGUGUAAGGAUAAUAAUAAUAAUAAACGUGUUAGGAAUAAACAGUCUCGGCACUUUAAGGGGUUGCGAAGAACAUUCCUCAGAAUUUUAAGGAUACGAUAAAUCAAUUCUCAUCUCUGUUACUAACCAUAAUAAUUUGUCAAAAAAGAGCCUUGAGAAAGCUACUUCAUUUUAUUUUUCUUAUUUAACGAUAAAUUAAGUUAUUUUCGGAGGCAUUGGUUUCUGGCGCCUUCAUUUUUCAUAGUUGAUUUAUUAUUGAUACGAAUAAAAACAGCCCAGAACCACCUGUUCAGCUGCUGGUCAUCAUAACAAAUGUCUUUCCUCGAUAUUUCGACUGAUAAUUAAUGAAACUCCAGGUACACAAUAAAACAAAAUACUUCGUUGAAUCCUAUCAUGUUAGAAGAUAUAAUAUAAAAGAAAAACAAAUUGCGAGUUUUAAACUCGUUACUGAAAAGUUGAUUUCCACAAUUGAGGAAGAUAUGACCGCAGGUAGAUAGUGAGGUCACACAACUCGAAAUCAUCAUUUCCUAAUACAGCCAAAAGACAGGAGUUCCCAUCGAGGCUAGUAAACAAAACAAAAAACACUCAAAAAAAGCGGAAUUCUGGAGCUAAAAUUUCAAAAUAAGUGUUGAAAUAAGAAGCUUAUCAUUUCAACUGGAUCAGUCAGGGAAAUUUAUAAUUUUCUUGCAUUUGGAUCAUUUCGUCUGGAUGAUAUUUCGAAACAAUGGAUGAUCAUUUCAGCUUUAUUGAGGACAGUUACCGAAGUGCAAAUCCACUUAACCACUAUGGCUUCAUAUUGUGUCGUACAUUUGGUACAGCUUUAGCGGCUAUAUUACUCCAUGUUGUAUUACACUACAUCCUCCAUUUCAUUCGGUAUAUUUUCAGAAAAUAUUUGGUCCAAGAAGACAUUAUUUUCUGGGUUGAUAUUGUGAUAUUCUUGAUAAACGUGUGUCUGACAGCGGCGUUGGCUUUCACCUUGGACGGAAGAUUCAAGAGAUACUGGUUCAGAGAAGUGUUGUUGAAAUUCGCUGCUAAAGAUGAUACUUUGAGCGCAAAAUACGAACUUUAGGAGCCACUUGCAAGUCGUAUUUUAUCAAGCAGUCUACAUGAAGCGAAAAGCGUGGAUGAAAAUGAAUUUUAGUAGAGCUUGCACGACAGAAUGAAAACGUCAUAAUACGACAGCAAGAGUUUCUUCGACAAAGCGGCGAAAACAUACUCGAAAGCUCAAGAAAAAAAUGAUAUUUUGCUAUAGAUUCUAUACUAGUUAAUCAUAUGAUUUGGAAUGCCAUACCAUCGAAUAUCCCACGCGAAGGCAGAGCAUGUUGGGAAGGAAGAGGGAAAUACCGACUAAUAAAGAUAAAAUGGUUUAGCUUU